GCAGAAUUUAUUCGCUGGGCAAAACCUACAUCUUUUCCAAUAUAUCCGAUUACGCAGUCUACAUGGUUUCUACCCCUCGAGGCCAAAGGCAUCCCCUGGUCUGCAACGGAUGCUCUUUGUGGCAUUCAAAAUGAUGUUGCUCAGCUCAUGAAAUUCCCUAGACGAAUUGAAGGGUCGAUAUGCGGCACCGGUUUACUACUGCGACGGCCAGCACCGGGCUGGCAGCGUCCGACGACCUGCACCGGUAUAGGAAAGCCGCGUCAUUGGAGCUUCCACACGGCCACAGGACGCUGCCCUCGGCCGAGGAGCAAGAUUUGUCUGAGCAAUGGUGCACAAUUUUUUACCGUUUCGUAUCCUCGACAGCACGCAAAUGCAAAUGCUGCCAAACUGGAGCCGAGUCUCGAAAGUAGCCAGCCCGUUUCCUCCAAGGAAAUAGACGCCAAGAAUGGGCUGCCGCUCCAUGAAGACUUGGAUAGGGAGAGGGAGAGGGAGAGGGGGAACACGCUUUCCAAGCAGGACCUUCUGGAUUUUGUGGGAACUUAUAACGACGACGACACGGCCGACUUUCAAAUGCGACUACUCAAGGAUCCGUACCUUCGGGGUUAUGCAGCCCCCAACGGGCCCGAUCUGUCAGUCUCAAGCAAAAAAGAAGACUCGCAGAUACCAUCGUUUGAGGAGGUGACCACGCCAAACAAGGAGGAGCGUACCUUGCUUUGGAAGCUCUGGCAAGCGAUUAUCAGAAGAAGACGUAACCCCCUCAAGGUUGAAGCACAGUACAUUUAUCACCUCUAUUGCCAGCUCCCAGAGCCUCGCAUGGCAUAUCUUCACUCAAAGCUUCGACAUGGGCUGCUGCGCUCCCUAUCUUAUGGAGAAAAACCAUCGGCCAAGGCUAUGCUUCGGUACUUCGCCGUCAUCGCUGAUGUUAAAGAAUGCGGCUAUGCAUUGUUGCCAGUGGAGUGGAAUAUGGCACUUCACCUCGCAACCAAACACUUGAGUGUCGUAACGGAAGCCCAAGUCGAGUCUGGGCUGAACAUUUGGCGAGAAAUGGAGCAUCAGGCAAACAUUGCUGCGAAUGGCAUGACAUUCAAUAUACUGUUUGAUAGCGCAACCAAGGCAGGGAACUUUGCCCUGGCUGAGAUGGUCUAUGCUGAGAUGGUCAAGCGAGGGCAUUCGUUCACGCGCUACCACCAUGUGUCCCUGAUAUUUUUCUUUGGACUCAAAAUGGAGAGCGACGGCGUAAGAGCCGCUUACAGAGAAAUGGUCACCGCUGGGGAGAUCAUCGACAAUGCUGUCCUCAACUGUGUCAUUGCUGCUUUUCUGAGAUGUGGCGAAGAAGUCGAGGCUUUAGAGCUUUACGAGCGCAUGAAGGCGUCCGUCGAAAAUGCCGUACACCUGCCAGCGCAAACGGACAUGACGCAAAAGGCCGUGACCCGAGUCAUGAUGAUGUUUGCGCGUGUGGCGAGGAGACAUCCUGCCAUGCGCAAAGAAAUGCAAGCCGCCGCUUCGCUGGCACCGGACUUGCGGACAUAUCGCAUUCUGAUUAGGCACUUUGCCAUCAAUGUCGGCAGGAUCGACAAAGUCGCAAAGUUUCUGAACGAGAUGAGGCACUUUCAGAUACCCGUUCACGGUGGCAUAUUUCUCUCGCUGUUCAAGGGAUUUGCUUUGCAUGGCGCCAAGGCAGGCUCAGACUGGAGCCCCCAAAGACUCUUCAGCGUAUGGGAAGCCUUCCUUCAGGCCAUCGAUGGCGGCGCGGAUGGCCUCUACGUCGACACUUGGCUCGCGCUUUGGAUACUUCGCGCCUUUGAGAAGUGCGGCCAGAGAGAAAUGAUCAUGGAUAUCUAUGAAGAUUUGAGGGACCGAUGGAAUCUGCCCCCAGAUAGGGCAGACUUUAUGUUGCGCUUUUUACAGGGCCAGAUGAAGCGGUUAGGUCUCAGGAUUGACGCGGGACCUGAGCCAGGUGAAGCAUUUCUGUCCCAAGAUUGACGCGAAACGGAACCUGAAUGAUGAACAGGUUUCAGACAAUCGGCGAGAUGGGCGAUAAUUGUACCAAUACAUGGGCGAUAGCGGUGAAUUUCUGUACAUAUACUGAUACCAUAGAGGAUAUAUGAGAUGUAUAACAAAGAAAAACUAUAUGUAAUAAAGA